CGCCACUCCACCCAUUCUUCGUCGUCGCCUCUCCAGCCUUAAGCGAUGACGAAGGGCACGGGCAGCUUCGGCAAGCGCCGGAACAAGACGCACACGCUCUGCAUCCGCUGCGGCCGCCGCAGCUUCCACCUCCAGAAGAGCACCUGCUCCUCCUGCGGCUACCCCGCCGCCCGCAUCCGCAAGUACAACUGGAGUGUGAAGGCCAUCAGGCGCAAGACAACCGGAACUGGAAGGAUGAGGUACAUGCGCCAUGUGCCUCGCAGGUUCAAGAGCAACUUCAGAGAAGGUACUGAGGCUGCCCCCAGGAAGAGUGCUGCAGCCAACUAGGUCUGGAUUUUGUCACAAGGCAUCCCCUGAAGCUAGAAUUUAAAAUAUUUUACUCAUAUUGUACUGUCCGAAGUCUAAACUAUUGUUGCUACAGCCCUGUAUAGAUCUGAUGUGUUUUGUUCCAUGGGUUUGGAAAUUUGACCUCUAAAUUCCAUGCAAUUCCUUCCUCUGAAUUUUGGUGCAGUUGUAUUGCUGUUAUGAUUUUAUUUUAGACGAAGUUACACCA